UGGAAAUCUGCAAUGGAAGCAUUUUCUCAAGCCUGAAUUGUUUCUUGAAAUAUGUUGUAAGGAGACCCCAGUGGCAUUUCCCCUCUGACUUUUGUAUUGGGCACCACAGAUGAAAUCUUUGGUCACCAAUAGAUUCAGUUAAGGUUAAUUCUUAGGUUUUAGUUCUGUUUAGUACAUUGGAGAGUCUGAAGUCACAUCAGAUGAGUGGUUUUUUUUAGAGAAAGGGAGUGGUUUUGCUAUUCUAAAUGUGUGAUUAUUUAUAAAGUAUGUAACAUUGGAUAUUUGAUUCAAUAACUUUCAACUUGAUGAGCUGUCACAGUGGGGUUUUGAAGCAAUGCAGAGAUAAACUAGAAAAAAAAACUUGCUGUGUGUAGGUCUGGUAUGUGCACAAAUUCUGUAGUGAGGGUUUGUGUGUGUGACUGAACAGGGGGAAAUGCAAUGGCUCAACCACCAAUGUUAAAGGAAAACCUUCCUCCUCUUUGAUUUUAAAGUCAGAGUAGUCAUCCAUAUAAAGUGCUCAAAAACAUGAGGUAACUUUUUGAACUUAUGCCUAUUUUACUUUUGUGGAGUGGGGAGAAAAGUUAUUCAGGGCUAAAACUUUGCUGGUUUUCAAAUUUUACAUUAUACAAUUAUAACUCUGAUGUCAGCGUAACAUUUCUCAGGGUCUGUACAUUUCUAUAUCCUCUGCUGCCUUCAGAACUGAGAACUUUUAUUUUGUAUGUUAGCCAGGGAAAGGUUUGGACUGCCUUUAUUUCAGAAAAUUACUGAGGGUGAAUGAGAACUGUACUCCUGUUUGGUAAACUCAAGAGUAGUAAUUAGUAGGACAAAGUUUCUGAAUGUUCUGUCAAAUUACAGAAUCUGGUAACCAAAUUAAGUGAUUCCAGCUGGAGUGUAUCGAAUCUUUCGUGUGGUCAGCUCCACUACUUGAAAUAAGAGCAGAAGGUCAAGUCAUUAAUUUGUAAAUGCUUGUUAAUAAUUUUUACAACCUUGCAUAUAAUUGAGAUGCUUCAGAGCUCAUUAAAACUAGCAACAAAAGGGCUGGAAAGAAUUCCAUCAUCCUUCCAUUGCCAGCAACAUAUAAUUCAAUCAUGGUAUAAGAUCUGUAAAUGUCAUUAGAAGAAUUUCACAGUUUGCUCAUGUAAAAUUCUUCCCUGUUCCAUUGUUCAGCAAAAGGCACUUGGCUGGAAUAGACAUUUUCUGGUGGGUGGCUGCUUUGGGAAACCAUGUGAUGUGGAGAGAGUUAAUAGAGUUAAUGUGAGAUGAGGUGUGGUGGAGGAAACACCUGUGCUCAGAGGCAGCUCAGUGGAGGUAGGUGGUGGUGGGAGAGAGGGGACAGCUGUACCAGCACACCAGGCUGGGUCCUGCUCCAGAGUGAGCAGCAUGAGAGAUCAGAUAGAUCUGCUGGCCACAGUCACAGUCCUGGGGGUCCUGGAGCAAGCCUAUUUUGCAAUGCAGGUGAUCUAUGCCCGUCGGAAGUACAAGAUUUCCCCUCCUGAAACAACGGGUCACCCUGAAUUUGAGCGGGCCUUCAGAGCUCAGGCAAACUGCUCAGAGUACUUCCCUAUCUUCAUUUCCCUCCUCUGGGUUGCUGGAAUCUUCUUCCAUCAAGGUGUCACUGCAGCCUGUGGGCUCCUGUACCUCUACACCCGCCUCCAGUACUUCCAGGGCUACACCAGAGCUGCACAGGGACGGUUGGGACCACUGUACGCCAGUGCCUGGCUGCUCUGGGUGCUGGUGGGGCUGGCACUGGCCGGGCUCCUGGCACACUUCCUGUGGCCCAGCUCCUCCACAUGGAUGGCAGCACUGGGAUGGCCUCUCCAGCUCUGUGGUGCCUGCUGAGAGGGGCCACUGCUCUCCCAAAACUCACUGUGUGCCCCCAGCACGGGAGCUGGUCAUGUGGCACCAUCAGAGAGAGAACAUUUCCCUGGCUCUGCAUUCCCCGCUGAAGGGAGGUGGAUGCUGGCACUCCUCUGCUCUUGAGAGGUAAUUUCCCUUCUAGAAAGCCAAUGCUUUCCAGCCCCUGCCCCUGCUGAGAAGCUUCACUGCUGGGCUUUGUAGCACUGUCUGCUCUAAAAUGCCUCUGGCUCUGCCUCACAGAGCACAGAUUGACCCACAUGCUGUCAUCUCUCCUCCUUACUGCUGUAAUGAUCUAUGUUGAAGAAUCACACCAUGGAUAUACAAAAAUAAAUUCUUUUUCUCACUAGAAAUCACCUGUCAUUGUCAAAGGUGCUCAGAGACUGGUGUGAGAACCAGUCGAGCUGGGGACUGGGUUUCAUAGGAAAAGCUGCUGUGAUUAACUGAAAUAGAUGUAAGGGUAAGCUUGUCUAAAACCACAUCCAAAUACUGGGAGAAAAGCCUGACCCUAGUCCAGGUACUGAGGGCUGUGUUUGGCAUUGAUUGAAUGACCUUCACUUUGCCCCAGCUUCACUUAAACCCACCCUACAACAAGAAUUUGCCUUCCCUGGAUUCCACCCUCUGCUGUGAACUUGGGGUUCACAGGUGCCUAAAGCAGCUCUGCACCAAAGGUUUAAAUUUAACUUUUAUUACAGUGCACAUUGUUUUAUAUAUUUAUAUAGAGAGAUGUACUUGAAAAAUCAAACGUAUCCAAUAAUAAAAAAUACAGAACAUUAAAGUAGUAUAAUGCAUUCCAGUGUAUAGCUGAAAGGACAUUGGGAUUUACACUAAUCCCUACUAUUUUUGAACUGGGCUACCUCUGCUUUAUUUCUUCCUUCCCCAAAAACCCCACAUCAAUCAAUAACUGAAAUAGUUAUUUUAAAAAAGACAGUUCCUGCACUCCAUCUCAAGGCAUGAAGACACUGGAGACUUCACCAUGAGUUAAGGGGCUGUGUUCAAUGCUGGCAGG